GCAAGCGCAAGCGCAACCGAUCUCUCUCAAGUCUCAACGCCCCCCGCUGAUGCACGGUGUUGCCAACUGCCAGAGACCCACCCAAAACCACAGUUUAUAUGUACAGAAGAUAUGCCUGUAGCGCAGCUUCUCCGGCCGGAUUCUCGAUUCCGAUUCAUUCACUAGCUAUUACCCGCACGCACGCAUGGCGCGUCCCUGCAGCAGCUACGACCUCGCGAUGCGGCAGAAGCUGCUGCUCUUCCUCGACAUCCUCGCCGUCCUCCGCUUCCUUGUGGCGGCCCUCCUCGACCGCCUUGGCAUCGUGUCCAUCCAGGACAACGAGCUCCCCGCCGGCCAGCUGCCCUGGGGCGACGGCGUAGAUACGGUCGCGAUGGAGCGCCUCAUGGAGGCGGCGCUCAGUAUGUCGCGGUACAGGCUACGGCGGCGGCGUGCCUCGCCGGGCGGAGACGACGAGCUGAUGGCCGCCGGCGGCGACGGGAGCGCGGCCAUCUGCACGAUUUGCUUGGCGGGACUGGAGGCUGAAGGAGGAGGAGGAUGCCAGGUCGCGGAGUUGAGCGGCUGCUCGCACGCGUUCCACGCUUCGUGCAUCGAUGGCUGGGUGGGCGAGGCGGGAACCUGCCCUCUGUGCCGCACGCCGGUGCUCCCGCCUUUGCAUAUGCCGGCGUAGUGUUUCAUACAUCAAACAAGUACCAGUAAAAAACGAGCUUAAUUGUACUUCCUCCGUUUCAUAAUGUAAGACGUUUUAGUUAUACUUAG